AUGACGAGACAGCGAGUAGACUGGAGCUUCAGCGUGGACGCAGAGACUAACUGGAAACAGCAGGGGCAGGAUCUCCGAUGGAUCAACGUAACUCGAGGGUGGAAGCCUGGGGCAUCAGGAAUAACAGUCCGCCUGGGCCCUGAGGGGACCCCACAGUCCAGUGCUGUGAGGCUGCGGGCAGUGGGGACCACCCCCAACUCUGGAAAUGCAUACUCCGGGGAAAUUUCUCCACGGGAUUCUGAACAGCAGUUGUUGGGCGCCCUGGCGGGGCCUUCCUGUGCCAGCGUGUGUACCUGCGAGCCCGUGUACAGGCGGUGCGCCAGGUCGGGGCCCAGGUCACCCUGCAAGCGGCUGGAGGCGCUCGGGCGCCCGCACCAAGACCCCAGGGCGGGGGCGGGUGUCCCCAGGCGAGCGCUGACUCCGCCCCGGCCCGUCCGCCCGCGCUCCCCGCCGGCCCCGCGCGCCGCGCCGCAGACACACAGCGCGCUCGAGUCCUUAUCGGAGCCCAUGGAGCGGGCCGGGCGCGGGCUCCGGGGCCGCCGCGGGGACGAGUCGCUGCAGGGCGAGCUGGAGGCGCUGGUCCAGGACGUGGUGAGGGCCAGCUCUUGGUGGGAGCGCCACGGCGUGGACUGCGCCAUCCUUGCGCUCAGCCUCCUCGCCGUGCCGGCCGGGUUCCUGUUCCUGCGCUUUGAGAACAUCCUGCUCUUUGCCCUGGGAAUCACCAUCCUGGGUGUCUGCCACUACACUCUCACUGUCAAGGGCAGCCACCUGGCCACGCACAGGGCCCUCACCGAGUCCAAGCGCUGGAGCAAGAUCUGGGAGCUUUUCUUCGUGGAGGUCUGCACAGGCUUCACCGCAGAGUAUGCCAGCUACGGCCAUGUCAAGAUGCACCACGGCUACACCAACGUGAUCGGCAUGGGUGACUCCAGCACCUGGAAGCUGCCUGGGCUCAACCGCUACGUCUAUAUGUUUCUCGCUCCUUUCUCAAUCCCCGUCAUUACCCCGCUGGUGGCUCUCCAGCGGCUGAGGGAGGUGGAGCUCUGGACCGCUCUGCGGACGCUGGGCCUGAUCUCCCUGGGCCUUUAUUCUCACUACUGGCUGCUCCUGAACGUGUCAGGGUUUAAGAGCCCCAGCUCGGCCCUGGCCUGCAUGUUUGCCACCAGAUCCCUACUGGCCCACCCUUACCUCCAUGUCAAUAUCUUCCAGCACAUCGGACUGCCCAUGUUCUCCCUGGACAAGAAGCCCCGACGGAUUCACAUGAUGAGCCUCGGCGUGCUAAACCUGCCCCGGUCGCCGUUGCUGGACUGGGCGUUCGGCCACUCACUCAUCAGCUGCCAUGUGGAGCACCACUUCUUCCCCAGGCUCUCCGACAACAUGUGCCUGAAGGUGAAACCUGUGGUAUCCCAGUUCCUCCAGGAGAAGCAGCUGCCAUACAACGAGGACUCUUACUUGGCUCGCUUCCGGCUGUUUCUGAGUUGCUACGAGGAGUUGAUGGUGCAGGCCCCUCCAAUCACUGAGCUUGUGGGGCUGCAAUGA